AAUAUUGUCAGUUCAAAAAGACCCAGUGUUGUGUUUCUACAGACAAAAUAUUUCAAAAUGCUUGCUGAAAAUAUCAAUUUAUUGUUGGUGAUUGGAGUUAUUGGCAUGGUGUUAGGUUAUCCAAAUGAAGAAGCUAUAGUAGACUGCGUAGUGGACAGUGGUGUUGAUAGGAAUGACCUCAAAAACCUUAACUGGGAUCAACUGGAGACUUUUCCAGAAAAAACGAAAUGUUUCAUGAAGUGCAUAAUAGAAAAAGAACAUAUAUUUGAUCACGAGGGAAACGUAAACAUGGAGAAUGUUGAAAAGAACGUAGAGGAGUUGGGAAUAGAGGCCAGUCAACGGGACGAAUUCAAAAGUUGUGUGCAAAAAACGAAACAUGUCAAAACUUGCGAAGAUACUAUUCCAAUUUUGCAAUGUUUUGUACAGUUUUCACCUAAGGCUAAGAAUUGAAAUGCUCUUAAGUUUCUUGUAUAAUUCUUAAGGAAAUAUAUACAAAAAGUUAA